AAAAACACUCAAGAUGAUCAAACCAAAACAACACUCAAACAAACCACACCACGAACAAGAAAAAGAAAACGAGCAAGAACAAGAAUCAGGAUCAGGAUCAUACCUAGAAGUAAUAGAUCCAAAGAACCACUCUCAGCUUAAUCCAACUUCAUCAUCAUCAUCAUCAUCACCAAUCGAACCACCUGGCUCACCUCGCUCAAUAAUCUCAUGGCAUCAAAGUGAUCUAGUCUCAAUCCCCAACUCAUCACAACCAACCAGCGACUUCGAUGACCGAUCAGACGACGAUGAUCACCACAACCAACAACGACCAAAUGCUUCAUCUUCAGCCAUCCAAACAGGAGAACAGCCAUUUGAUAAUUACCCUCAUCAGGCCAACCACCACCACCAUCUCACCGCCGAACUACUCACAGCAAUCACCGACCAUCUCGUCAUGCCCCGUCUGCCGAUGAUCCCAUCCCCUUCAAAUCAAUCUAGUCGACCGGUCAGCUGUCGUGGUAGGAGCUCGACAUCCGAAUCAGCUGCUUCCCUUCACCAUCAUCGAAACAAUGAUAAUAAUACUACGAACAAACAUCAUCAUCACUCCUAUCGACCUACUCACUUCGAUCCACUCAUCUCACACAAGCACUCUCAUCUCACUCAGCAUCCUGCAAACUCACAUCCCUAUCCAAUCUAUCCUUCCAGAACCCUAGUCGUCGGUGAGGCCCACGAAGGACUAGGAAUCGGACCACUCAGGGAGCUCCUAUCAUCCAGCUUCCUUACAAGUAUCGACCGGACAGACGAUAUCUUACCUGACUUCAAGUUCUCAGAUCCACAGACCUAUAACCAAUUGAUCCAACACCUCGAGGCCCCAUUUUAUCGACUGAAAGGCUUGCUGAAUCCGAAGGCUUGCUAUCCAUAUCAAUCCUCAUCGACCACUCCAGCCCGGCGGAACGAUCUUCUCUGUCUAGUUGAUCGUUGGAUCGAAAGAGAAGGCUAUCUGCUUCUAUUGGUCGAGAUAGAUUUAUUUCCUGUUCCACCAGUCAGACUAGAAUUCCUCAGGACACUCUCCAGAUUGAUUCCGACCAUCCCAUUCAUCCCGAGCACGGUAUCUAUCCCACAAGCGAUUGAUGGACAUGCGAUUCUCACCAGACAAUUAGCCGCCAACAGGCUGCGACACUUUCCGAUCCCCGAUCCAUCUUCCCCACACUCCUUUGCAUUGCCCGAACGAGAAGAAUGUGUGAAACGGAGCUCUCGAGCUUGUGUGGACUGGUUGGCGGUAGAAUUCGCAAGCCAUAUCAGUAGCAGUAGCAGUACUAGUAGUCAUGAAGCUGAUCCGGUGGGAGGAGUAGAGCAGCGCAGGUUCGGUGGAGAUGAUCAAGGGACGGACGAGUUCGAGCCGGACAAGAUCUCAGAACGGGUGGGCAGACGGCUGGCUAAAAAGAGGGCGCUCGCCCGGGCCGAGAAGCGUCCGAGCAGGAAGAGUUCGAUGGUCAUCGUCGACGAGCACCCUGUUGGCUCAAUCCGAGACUGCCAAGCAUCCCUGUCCUCCGACGGCCUCGGCCUGCCCUCCCUGACGGCCCUCUUUCGGCUCGGCCUCCGCCAACUCCGUCGAGACUCCCGACGGCUCUUUAAUAGCUUCCUCUCCCGCCUCGUCCACACCCCCCGCCCGCCCAUCUUCUUCACUCCUCAUCCCCCAUCAUCACGCGACAACAACGGAGGUCAGAUCCAGAGUAGAACAACGUCUCGAAAACCGGCGUCAGCUAAGCUUCCGGACCGACCGUCUACCUCGAUCCAUCCUCUUCCUCAUCCAUCUAAUAAACCUAUCCUCCAUCCCCUCACUCCUCCUCCCUCUCCUCCCUCGCCCACUACUUGGCUGAUCAUCGGCUUCCUCACGGCGACUACUGCAGCUACUUUAACCGUCUGGUGGAAACAAACUCUGUUGGUUUAAUCUCUCGCUCUUAUCGCUCUUUCUCUCUUUCUUCCUCUUGAUCUUUCCAUAUCGUUCCUUGUCCCUCGGUAUCAACCUUCUCGCCUUGUAUUGUUAUCUUCAGUUGUUUGUGUAGUCCUUUUUUCUUCUCUCUUUUUCGUUGUAGUUUUUUUCCCUCUUAAAUCGUGUAUGUAAAAUAUCAUACAAAAUCAGCUCCUCGAUUUGCCUUUCUUCAUUUUUCAUUUUCUUUUCUUUAUAUCUCCUUUCUCUCUCUCUCCCUAUCUUUCCUCAAUCUGCUACAUUUUUUUAGUUCUAGUUCUAGUUUUAGUUUUACAAUUAAAUACAAAAUCAAUGUACUGCAUAUCACUCCAAAAGUCUCUCUCUCUCUUUAUCUCUUUUCCCUGGCCCCAUAUAAUUUGUGAUGUAUUACAUUUGAGCAUGUAUUGUAAUUUUUCCUUAUGUAAUGAUUAUGAAGAGUAGAAAACCAAAGAGCUUUUU